AUGGAUUUUUUUAAAGGUGUUUCAGUAGGUGCUAAUGGUUUGAAUGUUUCUCACCUGCAAUUUGCUGAUGACACAGUGAUUUUCUGUGAGGCUAAAUGGUCUGAAAUUUUCACUAUUAAAACAAUCCUUAGGUGUUUUGAGGUCAUCUCAGGCUUAAGGAUUAGUUUUUCAAAAAGUGUUGUGUGUAGAGAGGGGGUGGCCGAUGUGGAGGUUGAUGAGUUUGCUGCAAAGUUGAACUGUCUAAGCCAGAAGUUACCUUUAAAAUAUCUAGGAUUACCAUUGGGGGCCAGUCCUAGUAGGAGGUUAACUUGGAAACCAGUUGUGGAGAAAUUCAAGAAGAAGUUAUCUGGGUGGAAGAGAAGAACUAUGGCUAAAGAGAUUGAUAGGAUUCAAGCUUCGUUUUUAUGGAGUGAUUCAGAAUAUCAUCGGAAGAUCUAUCUAGUGAGUUGGAAGGAGACUGUGGCUAAAGAGAUUGAUAGGAUUCAAGCUUCGUUUUUAUGGAGUGAUUCAGAAUAUCAUCGAAAGAUCCAUCUAGUGAGUUGGAAGGAGCUUUACAAGGAGAAUAUUGAGAUUGAAGUAAGAGAUGGAGUCAGAAUUAGUUUUUGGAGAGAUCCUUGGAUGGGAUCGACAAACUUAUUAAGCCAAUUUCCUCGAUUGUUUCACCUGGUCGUAGCUAAAGAAUCUUCCUUGAGUUUGCAAGUAGCUAGAAGAUCUCAUCAAUCUAGGUGGGUUUUUAAUUUCAGAAGAUCACUUCGGGCUUGGGAAGAGGAUGAGUUGGUUAGGUUACAAAAUUUUCUAGGAUCAGGCCCUGUGUUAAGAAGUAAUGCUGUUGACUGCUUGUGUUGGAAACUUAUACAAUCAGGUGUGUUCAAGGUAAAUCUUACUUAUGCUUGGGGUUUAGUUAAUGAUGGCCACAUUCAGAGACCAGUUAAACUGAUAUGGAAUAAUUUCUCGCCUCUAAAAGCUAAAUUCUUUUCUUUGUUAGCUUGGAAAGGUAGAUUGAAAACAAAAGGGCUGCUUCACAAGUUAGGCAUUUUGGUGAGUGAUGAUGCUCUAAGGUGCAUUCUUUGUCAUGAGUCAAGUGAAUCAACUGAACAUAUUAUGAUUCACUGCCCUUUUGUUUGGAGAAUCUGGUCUCAUUUUGCUGUUUGGUGGGGUUUUCAGUGGGCUACUCGUAGUUCCAUUGAAGAUUUCUUGCUAUGGUGGAUGGGUUGGAAGUUUAAGAAGAAAGUAAACCAGAUUUGGAAGGUUUUACCAACUGUUAUAAUGUGGUCUGUGUGA